AUGAAACACAACAACGUUAUUCCAAAUGCUCAUUUCAAUAAAAAGUGGCAAUUACAUGUACGUACAUGGUUCGAUCAAGCAGCUCGUAAAGCUCGACGAUAUCGGAAACGUUUAGUUAAAGCCCAACGUGUUGCUCCUCGACCAGCUAAAGGUUCAUUACGUCCUAUUGUUCAUAGUACAACACGUCGUUACAAUAUGAAAGUUCGUUCUGGACGUGGAUUUUCAUUGGAUGAAAUACGUGCUGCUGGUCUUCAUCCAAAAUAUGCUCGAACCAUUGGUAUUGCCGUUGAUCAUCGACGACGUAAUAAAUCCACUGAAGCUUUUCAACUUAAUGUUCAACGUCUAAAACAAUAUCUUGGCAAACUUAUUUUGUUUCCAUUAAAAUCUGAUAAACCUAAAAAGAACGAUGCUAAACCAGAAGAAAUUAAAUUGGCUGUACAACUUAAAAAACAACGUGUUAUGCCAAUUAAACAACUAGUCAGACGUGAAAAGGCUCGACCAAUUAAUGAUGCUGAUACUAAAUUUCAAGCUUUUCAAGCUUUACGUAUGGCUCGUGCUGAUGCACGAUUCAUUGGACAACGUGAAAAGAAAGCUAAACAAGCAGCUGAAGAUGAAAAGAAACCCAAGAAAGAGAAAUAA